AUGGGUACCAAUCUCACCGUCUCGCUCUUCCUCCCAAACACCGUCGACUUCCACGAUGACGAGGAGGACAAGAAGCCAAAGGGUCGCAGUCAGCCCUUCAACCUGGAUCCUCCACCGCGCGCGAGCUCCACCACACAGCUACCAUCGCGUCACAGCACGGCUAGUCUGUUCAAUGGCACUCCGCCGCCCAUGACUCCGGCCAUCACUCAGGCCAUGAACCAAGAAUUCUUCACUCCUGGAAUCGAUGCUCAGAAGCGAAACUUCUUAAAGCCUGGUGAUCCGCGAUCCAUGCUUCGCAGUGACACCCACGCCGAAUGGGGUCGUGAGGAUGUCUUUAACCAACCCCGUUCGAGGGCCGGCCCCCUUCCAUCUGCCUCGAUUCAGGACUUCGCCAAAGCAUAUGAUGAGAUCAAAGAGCGAGAGAAUCGACAGAGGCAAGCAAGAAUGAAGAGGACCAAGAAGACUUCGCCAACGUCGGGUGCAUAUGGGAAUCGCACUGGUAGUUCCGAGCGAGGAUACGAGAAAAAGACCUGGACCGUCGAGCCCGCAGUCCAUGGCAACGGCGGUCUUGUGAAUGCCGUUCGUCAGAUCACGGAAGAGAACGACGAUGACAGGACAGAUACAACGUGGGUUGGCACUUUGGGCUUCCCAACGGACGCUUUGCCGGCCUCGGUAAAGGACGACAUCAGCGACAAGAUGAUCAACGAUCACCACUCAGUUGUGGUGUACUGCAGCGACAAGGAUAUAGACGGACACUACGCCCACUACUGCAAGACUAUACUCUGGCCAAUCUUCCAUUAUCAAGUCCCCGACCAUCCGAAGAGCAAAGCAUAUGCAGACCACAGCUGGGAAUUCUACCGCAACGUGAACAGAGCCUUUGCAGAUCAGGUCAUCGCCAGCUAUAAGCGCGGUGACACCAUCUGGGUUCACGACUACCAUCUCCUGCUGGUCCCUCAGAUGCUCCGAGAGAAGCUACCUGAUGCCAAGAUCGGCUUCUUCCUCCACAGCGCGUUCCCAUCUUCAGAAGUCUUCCGAUGCCUAUCGACCCGACAAGAACUGCUCGAGGGUAUGCUUGGCGCAAACCUCAUUGGCUUCCAGGCCGACGAGUACGCCUCCCACUUCCUACAGACCUGCAGUCGACUGCUCGCGGUAGAGACCACAUCAGAAGGCGUCCAGAUUGAUGACCAUUUCGUCAACGUUACCUCUCAACCCAUCGGUAUCAACCCUACCAUGUUCCAGCAAGCUCGCGAGGAUGAAGAGGUUGCGGAGUGGGUGAGGACUAUGGGUGAGAGAUACAAGGACAAGGUCAUCAUUGUUGCUCGCGAUAAGCUCGACCACGUUCAUGGCGUGCGUCAGAAACUUCUCGCAUAUGAGCUCUUCCUCAAUCGGCAUCCAGAGUGGCGUGAGAAGGUGGUUAUGAUUCAGGUCGCCACUUCUUCGAGUGAGCAGUCUGAGCUCCUGACCACGGUCUCCGACAUUUGUACACGCAUCGACUCUGUCCACUCGACCCUGGCUCACCAGCCACUGGUAUUCUUGAAGCAGGACAUAGGCUUUGCUCAGUACAUCGCACUGCUGACCAUUGCCGAUGUGCUGAUGGUCUCCGCUCUGCGCGACGGCAUGAACCUGACGGCGCACGAGUACAUUGCUUGCCAAGACGGAAAGGGUUCCGAGAAGAAGCAUGGGCCACUCAUUCUCAGCGAGUUCACUGGCAGUGCUUCCAUCCUGGAGGAUCAGCCAAUCUUUAUCAAUCCAUGGGUAGGUCAUUUCGUUCCAACCAUUUCACGCAGCUACUGACGUGCCGCAGGACUACUCUGGCCAAGCCGAUGCAAUCAAGAGAGCACUCGAGAUGGGUAACGACGAGCGAAGAGUCCGUUGGAACCGUUUACAUGAGAUCGUUGAGAAGCAGACUGGUCGCUACUGGGCCGAGCAACUUGCCAAGGAGCUUGACCGUGUCUUCGCCGAGCACCAUCAGCGUGCUUCUGCUUCGGUUCCGCGUCUGUCGGUCACCCAGCUCUCCGAGAAGUACAGGACCGCUGACAAGCGACUCUUCAUUAUCGACUACGAGGGGACCUUGGCUCCUCACAAGACAUCUUCGGGCAUACCACUUGGAUCACCAGUCCGCGUCAUUGAAACUCUCAACGAUCUGAUGUCCGACCCUAAGAACGUAGUCUAUGUCAUGUCUGGACGUAAGCCAGAGGAGCUGGAGAAUCACUUCCGCACGCUGCCGAAGGCUGGUCUCAUCGCCGAGAACGGAUGCUUUGUUCGAGAGUAUGGCAUGGAUAACAACGAGUGGACACCGUUUACGAAUUUGGAGGAGGUGGAGAACUGGAAGAAGCAAGUCCGAGGCAUUCUGGAGUACUAUCAGGAGCGCCUCGAGGGCAGUUACCUGGAGGAGCGCCACUGCAGCAUUCUCUUCCGAUACGAGAAAGCCAACGAUCAGGAGGCCGCUCAGCGCCAAGCAGGCGAAAGCGCCGAUCAGAUCAAUGGCAGCUGCCACAAUAUGAACAUCCACGCGGUGCCGAUCAAGCAGGCCGUUCUAAUUGAACAGGAAGGCUUCACCAAGGAAACCGCGGCCAGUCACAUCAUGGAAAUCCUGGACAGGAAGACUCACGGCGCUGCCAAGCCGGAUUGGAUGUUGGUCGCUGGCGACGAUCGCGAAGACGAAGUGGUAUUCAAGUGGGCAAAUGACCUCGGCAAGCAAGAGAAGAUCAAGAACGUCUUCACCGUUACUGUCGGCAAGCGUAACACGGUCGCUCAAGCUACACUCACCCAGGGCAGUACUGGUCUCCUCACGGUCCUGCAGAAGCUCAAUAAGAUCUCAGCGGACAUGCUUCCGAGGGACUACUUCAACAUCGCGACCCGCAAGACUUUCCCAGCAUAG